GAGGGGUUGGGAAAUCGAGGUACGUCACAGCGAGUGGCCCUCAUUUUGCCCCCCUGCCCGCUGCAAGUUAGGCCAGCAGGAUGGCGGUGGUGGGGCAGGAGGGGAGAGCGGCUAUUUAAAGUGGCCGGCGCGUCGAGUGAGCCCAGCGUGAGAGGGCAGGACGCUGGCCAGAGCUGGUGCUCGUGGAAAAGAUCGACAAUUAGCAGUACGGGGCUUGGUCGGAGAAGGGAGGAAAAUAAAGCCGAGGCUUCGCCACCAAGUUUUUCCCCGAUGGAAUUUGAACAUGAAGGGGUGAGGAUUAAAGUAACGGAGCGGGCCGAAGCGAUUAGCAGCGGGAACGGCAGUGCCAGCAGCAGCGGGUCGGGUAUCGCGGGCAGCUCGGUGGCCAUCGCCCGCAAGUCGCCAGUGCUCGCCACGCCGCCUCCUUUCUUCGACAUCUUGGUGAGCCCGCCGCCCCCAGCCAGCUGCUUCCUGAAUAUUAUGGACAAUUUCUCGGAUGAGAACAGCAGCGAGCCCGAAUACGAGAGCCUCCCCGAGACCGCUUCCACAUCCACGCACAUGAUUGCCGGAGCCGUGGCCGGAGUCCUGGAGCAUUGCGUGAUGUACCCCAUCGACUGCGUCAAGACACGAAUGCAGAGCCUGCAGCCAGACCCGGCUGCCCGGUACCGGAAUGUAAUGGAUGCCCUGAAGAGGAUUGUCCGUACUGAAGGUUUUUGGAGGCCAAUGAGGGGAUUAAAUGUGACUGCCACUGGUGCCGGGCCAGCACAUGCCCUCUAUUUUGCGUGCUAUGAAAAGAUUAAAAAGACAUUGAGUGAUGCCAUCCAUCCGGGUGGUAAUAGUCACAUAGCUAAUGGUGCAGCAGGAUGUGUGGCUACUUUGUUUCAUGACGCAGCUAUGAACCCUGCUGAAGUGGUGAAGCAAAGGAUGCAGAUGUACAACUCUCCCUACAAGCACGUGUUGGACUGUAUGAGGACAGUGUGGAAAAAUGAAGGGGCUGGAGCAUUCUAUCGGAGCUACACUACCCAACUGACUAUGAACAUCCCCUUCCAAGCUGUUCACUUCAUGACUUAUGAGUUCUUGCAGGAAAAGUUGAAUCCUCACAGACAAUACAACCCUUCCUCGCACGUUCUCUCUGGCGCUAUGGCAGGUGCUGUCUCAGCAGCAGUAACAACACCACUGGACGUUUGCAAAACACUAUUAAACACACAGGAAUCCUUGGCUCUAAACUCCCUCAACAUCAGCGGACAUCUUUCUGGUAUGGCAAAUGCCUUCAGGACGGUUUACCGACUGGGUGGUAUCCCAGCGUACUUUAAGGGAGUUCAGGCCAGGGUUAUCUAUCAGAUGCCGUCUACAGCGAUUGCCUGGUCUGUGUAUGAGUUCUUCAAGUACUUCAUUAGCAAACAUCACCAUGAAAGAAGGUCAACUUACUGAAGUCGAAUAAGCCAGCACAGACGCCACAAAAACCUAUUUGGACUGCAAUACUAUACCUUUCCACUGUUACAUCAUUUCUAAUAAGGGAAACUGGCGUUAAAUCUGAUCUGAGUUGCACACUUGAAUUGAGUAAAAUAUUUACCAUGUCUGCUGACAAAUAUUGUCAAACCAAAGUUUCUGUUUUUGUUGUAACAUCUAAGAACCCAGGUAGACUUGGCCGUUGUCGAUAAGUAAAACGCACAGGUACUAGCUGCUGGCACAAAAUGGGUGUCUUGGCCAUUGUUUAAAGAUUUUUCCUUUUGGGUACUUUUUUCCCCUCCAGUUUACUGGGCUGAUUUAAAAGAUGUUUUUAAAAUCAAAAGCACAUCCAGGUUUACAUGUCUAGCCAAAUGUCAACUGUUGCACCAGUAUAGGUGUACUGUAUCAUCAAAGUAGUUUAAAGUACUUAAUGACUGUCAAGGUAGGCAUCAAACUGCUUAACUGUUUUUAAAUUGUAUUUCACUGCACUCUUUGUAGUACAUCAAGCUUUUUCAUGCCUACAUUUGCAUCAGCAACAUACCUAAAUAAGAACUGAAAUGGAGCCCUUUAUAUUCACUGGAAUAUUAUUCUGGAGUUAUUUUAUCCAGCAAAGUUAUUUGCUGUUGUAGAGAAAGGUUUUCACAAGGAAGAUUAAACAAUAAGACAAACAUUGCAGUGUUGUCAUUUCUCAAUAGUUUGAAGUGCUAAGUUUCCUUUUUGUCAGAGGUUUUUCAUGUUUUGAUCGAAGUCCUUACACACUCAGCCAUUCCUGUCUUGAUUUAUGGACUCGGCUAACUAAUAUGCACUGCAUCUUAAUGGUGCAGGAACACUGCCAAGAAUUCAUUUUCAACUUUUUGGAACUCCUCCAAAAAUACUAAGGAGUUGAAAGAUUUGAUCCAAAAGGAGAUUUUAAAUAUAGUAACUUGCGAUAAUCUGAUUUUUGGAAAUCCUGAUUUGCAUCUGGCUCAGGCUCACAGAGACCUGGUUCACUUGCUGCCUUUAAACCCAUUGGGUUCUCAGGAAUUUGCCUUCCUUACCUCUUACUCACCCUGCAAGUAAACCUUUAGGGAAUCUUGCAUAAGUACUCCUAAGUCCCUUUGCACCUCUGAUUUUUAAAUUUUCUCCAUCUGGAAAGUAGUUUACGCCUUUAUUCCUUUCACCAGAAAAGAAUGACCGUACACUUCCCUACACCAUUUUCCAUUUGCUACUUUUGCCCAUUCUCCCAAUCUGGCUGGGUCCUUCUGCAGACUCCCUGCUUCCUCAACACUACCUGCCUUCUAUCUAUCUUCGUAUUGUCCGCAAACUUGGCCACAAAGCCAUCAAUUCUGUCAUCCAGAUCAUUGACAUAAAUGUGAAAAGAAACAGUCCUAAACCAUUGACAGCCAAUCAGAAAAGGCCCCCUUUAUUCCCACUCUUUGAUCCCUGACAGCCAAUCUUCCAUACAUUCCAGUAUCUUUCCUGUAAUACCAUUUUCUCUCAUCUUGUUAAGCAGCCUCAUUGUGGCACCUUGUCAGAGGCCUUUUGAAAAUCCAAAUAAACAACAUCCACUGACUCCCCCCCCCCAAAAAAAAAGUAAUGAGAAGUUUGUUGGAUAUUCCAACAUCCAGUAGUCUGGAAAAUGUAUAAAUCUAGCACCACCAGCAUCCUGAGUAUUUUAGAUUGAAUUUUACUAGGAGUGAAGGAUACUUAAGCUUUUAAUUUGAAGUUCAGAAGACGCACAAUACAUGUUGUACAAUACAACCAUGAACGCCAAGUCUCAGGAGAUUUAAAGGAGGUGUGGUGCUGAAAGCUUAUAUCUUGCAUGCUUGUGAGAGGCAAAGCCCCAAGAACCCUUUGUCAGUUAAACGUUCCUUUUGAUUACAGGCUGUUUUUUGUUUGGAGAACUAAAUGUUCAGUAAAGUCUGACUUGUUAAUACAUAAUGGUGGAUUCUGAUUGGGAGGAAUUGACUUUAUUUGAAUAUUUUUGGCAAUGUAAAUAUUUGUUUUUUUUAAAGCAGAAGAGCAAUGAUUAAGUAAAACAAAAAGAUUAGCAAAACUGAUUUAAUGAACUGAAGACGUCACCAUUAGGUUCUGGUAUGUCAACUCUUGGAACUAGUUAAGCCAAUAUUCAAUUAACUGAUCUGAGAACCACCUUGUUCAGGCCUUUGGAUUUCUCGCAAUCAAAUGGAAGAAGGUGAGUUUUUUUGGUUAGACAUCUAUUGAGUCCUUAGCCUCAAGACUAGUUAUCACUAGUGUGUACAGUGGUUUAAAUAGCUGACUGCUGAAGCCUGACCAGAGAAAUAAAAUGGCCAUUUUCUGUUUUGAUUUAUGAAAUGGAUAUUUCUGUUCAUAACAUCUGGACAAA